AUGAUAAAACCCUCAAGGGGUACAAAUAAACCCUUGAGGAUAAGAAAGAAAUUACCUAAAAAACUCCCUAAUGAUAUUUUAUUAGAAAUACAAACAAAUACUUUCCUUGGACCUAGAGAUAUACAAUUAUUAUAUGCAAGGAAUGAGGAAGGAAGGGAUGGGAGGUUCCGGUGUGUCGCCCCAUUCGGCCUAAUGGGGUACUCAGAGUUUUGCAAAAUUCUUGGUGUCCUCUCGAUGCUCGAGGAGACACAAAUUGCAGAUCGUCUAUUUAAGGCAUUCGAUAGGGACCAUAAUACAGAGUUAAAUUUUACGGAGUUUGCUGUUGCAUUGGGGACAAUGAUGUGCGGCAAAGAAGAUGAUAAACUUGAUCUAGCCUUUCGUAUACUAAACCCUAAUUUAUCUGAUUAUGAAUUAGAAGAAUCCAACGGAGACGACGACAGCAGCAGCAGCAGCAGCAGCAGCAGUAGCAGCAGCAGCAGCAGCAGCAGCAGCAGCAGCAACAUUAAGAAUAUGUAUUCAGAUAGUAUAACAAUCAAUGCACAGAUGUCAAAGGAAGCAACUGCUGCUGACGAGAAGGAGCAGCAGCAGCAGCAGAAGCAGCAGCAGCAGCAGCAGCAGCAGCAGCAGCUCGGAGCUCAAAAUGGCAAUGUACAGCAGCAGAAUUUUCUGGUCCCUCUGAGGCAUCAGGACUCCCUAGAGCAGCAGCAGCAGCAGCAGCAGCAGCAGCAGCAGCAACGGCAGCAGCAGGGUAUAUCUGAGGAUCAGCAGCAGCAAUGUGCUCCCCUGCAACACCAGCAGCAGCAGACGUUAUCUUCUGCACCUCCUGCUGCUGUUGCUGCUGCUGCUACUUCUCCUCGUCUUCCUGCUGCAGUUUCUUCAAUAUCUCUACCUUCUUCCCCUUCUCUCCCCCCCUACCAGCAGCAGCAGCAGCAGCAGCAGCAGCAGCAGCAGCAGCAGCAGCAGGAGCAGCAGCAGGAGGAGGAGGAGGAGUAUGAUAGUGUUAUAACCAAUCAAAAGAAUGCCCUAAGCAAGAGACAAGCGAAUAAUGAGCAGCAGGAGGAGCAGCAGGAACAGGAACAGGAACAAAAACAUAAAAUAAAUAAAUUAAUAUUAUUAGAUAGUGUAGAUUUAUUUAGUUUUAUUGAUUGGGUAAGAUCUUAUGAACUUAGCCGAGGAUCAGGGAAUGGUCAUUAUAAGACAACAUUUGAUUUACCACAAAAGACACUGCAGCAGCAGCAGCAGCAGCAGCAGCAAGUGCAGCAGCAGCAGCAAGUGCAGCAGCAGCAGCAAGUGCAACAGCAACGAUGGGGUCUACAUGGCCAUAGGAAACAUGGAGAGAAACUGCAGCAGCAGCAGCAGCAGCAGCAUCAGCAGCAGCAGCAGCAUCUGCAGCAACUGCAGCAAUGUGUUGAACGACUUGAAGAAUUAGAAAGAAAAUUUAAUCGUCUUAAGGAAACAAAGAGCACAACACCGGGAGAAUGUCUUGCAUUGGCGGAUACUGCAGCAUCGCAAACAGCAGCAGCAGCAGCAGCUGCUGCUGCUGCUGCAGCAUCCUUUGGAGCAGCAUUAGAGAACGCGGACAGAAGCACCGCGUCAUUGGCGGGAGAUGAUAACACUUUAUCAGGCAGUAAAACAGAUGCUGGCAGCACGCCUCUGUGGAAGCGCCACAUCCUAACAAUGAAGAGGGAGAACACUCACCGACUAAAGAUGUACAUGAAUAAACCCAUGCUAAGAAGACGAAGAGGGGUGACGAAAGCAGUCCAAUUUACGGAUUAUGCACCAAUGGUGUUUAGAAGAUUAAGGGAAAUGUUUGCAAUUGAUAAAGAGGUGUACAUACACUCCAUUGGUCCUGAACAAGUUGUAUCCAAUCUGCUGCUAGGCAGUUUAUCAUCAUUAUGUGAAUUAGUGUCUGAGGGUAAGAGUGGCGCUCUCUUCUAUUAUACAGCUGAUGGAAGAUUUAUUAUUAAAACAGUAUCUCGUAAAGCAGCAAAUGAAUUACGUCGUCUACUUCCUGCUUAUUAUGAACAUUUUGUGCAAAACCCUGAGAGUUUAUUGGCGAGGUUCUUGGGGCUGCAUGCAAUUAAGCAUACAUACCCUAGUGAAGGAAAAUUUAGCUCAUUAGGAAACCGUAUACGUCAUAAGACAUAUUUUCUUGUAAUGGAGAAUUUAUUUCAUACACCGGUGCCUAUACACCGUAGAUAUGAUCUAAAAGGUUCUUCUUAUAAAAGGUCUCUUCCUCCAGAGGUUCGGGUGGAUCCAACAGUGGCCCUUAAGGACAAUGACCUUGAAAGAGAAGGAGAAAAGAUAAAUAUUGGCCCUGAGCGAGCAGCACGGCUGCUGCAGCAGCUGCGCAAAGAUGCGCACUUCUUGUAUAUUCAUCGUCUUGUUGAUUAUUCUCUUCUUGUUGGCAUUUAUUAUUCUAAUAAAAAUCCAUCACCAGCGUCCGAAGGAAGCUUCGGAAGACCUUCAAUGCCUUCAGUUCUCACAAGCCAAUCGAGCAGUCCCGACAAACCGGAAUUACCCUUUUGGCGGCGAGAUUUAGGAGGGUUAGCUAGCGAGGAUGGCAAUAAAUUAUUUUAUGUUGGUGUUAUAGAUAUAUUAACUAAAUGGGGAACAUUUAAGAGGACAGAGCAUGCUGUUAAGACUGUACAGACUUGCGAUGCACAGGGAAUUUCUUGUGUUAACCCGGCCUUCUAUGCCAACAUUAUGUGGAACCCGGAGGGAUCCACAUGA